CUCACGCAUCGCAGGCACAUUCAGAAUCACGAGGACUUCGUUGGCGAGCUGAAUCGCUGCGAGGUGAACGAAAAACAACCUCCUCCUCCGUCUCCUCCCAGAAUAUAAUCCACACAAUACCGCCAAGAUGGUCAACUUCACCGUCGAGGAGAUCCGUGGUCUCAUGGAUGACCCAAAGAACAUCCGUAACAUGUCCGUUAUUGCCCACGUCGAUCACGGAAAGUCCACCCUCACCGACUCGCUCGUCCAGCGUGCUGGUAUUAUCUCGGCCAAGAACGCCGGUUCCGCACGAUUCACAGAUACUCGUCCAGACGAGCAGGAACGUGGUGUCACGAUCAAGUCGACUGCCAUCUCCCUGUACGGUACUCUCGCAGAAGUCGAGGAUCUCAAGGAUAUCGUCAUCACGACGGACAAGAGCGAGAAGAACGAUUUCUUGAUCAACUUGAUCGAUUCGCCAGGUCACGUUGAUUUCUCAUCUGAGGUCACCGCUGCGCUCCGUGUGACCGACGGUGCGCUCGUUGUCGUCGACACCAUUGAAGGUGUGUGCGUGCAGACCGAGACUGUGCUCCGACAGGCUCUUGGUGAGCGUAUUAAGCCAGUUGUCAUCAUCAACAAGGUCGACCGUGCAUUGCUCGAACUGCAGCUGUCCAAGGAGGACCUGUUCCAGAACUUUGCUCGUGUCAUUGAAUCGGUCAACGUCGUUAUCUCCACAUACUACGACAAGGCCCUUGGAGAUGUCCAGGUCUACCCAGAGAAGGGUACCGUUGCCUUCGGUUCCGGUCUUCACGGCUGGGCUUUCACCAUCCGUCAGUUUGCUGUCAAGUACGCCAAGAAGUUUGGUGUUGACAAGAACAAGAUGAUGGAGCGUCUUUGGGGAGAAUCUUACUUCAACGCGAAGACGAAGAAGUGGACCAAGAACCCAGAGGGUGCAGAACGUGCAUUCAACCAGUUCUGUUUGGACCCAAUUUUCCGCAUCUUCGACAACAUCAUGAACUUCAAGAAGGAGGAGACUCCUAAGCUUUUGGAGAAGCUCGAGGUCAAGCUUGUUGGUGACGAGAAGGAUCUUGAGGGCAAGCAACUGCUCAAGGUUGUCAUGCGCAAGUUCUUGCCAGCCGCCGAUGCGCUCAUGGAGAUGAUGAUUCUCCACCUGCCAUCUCCAGCGACUGCCCAACGCUACCGUAUGGAGACUCUCUACGAGGGUCCUCCAGACGAUGUGUCUGCCAUUGGUAUUCGUGACUGUGACCCCAAGGGACCUCUCAUGUUGUACGUCUCCAAGAUGGUGCCGACCUCCGAUAAGGGCCGUUUCUACGCCUUCGGUCGUGUCUUCUCUGGUACCGCCCGCUCUGGUCUUAAGGUCCGCAUCCAGGGACCAAACUACCAGCCUGGCAGCAAGUCCGACUUGUUCAUCAAGUCUAUCCAGCGUACUAUUCUCAUGAUGGGUCGCUACACUGACCCAAUUGAGGAUGUUCCAGCUGGUAACAUUCUUGGUCUGGUCGGUAUCGAUCAGUUCUUGCUCAAGUCUGGUACCCUCACCACCGACGAGACCUCGCACAACCUCAAGGUCAUGAAGUUCUCUGUGUCUCCUGUCGUGCAGCGAUCCGUCGAGGUCAAGAACGCCAACGAUCUGCCAAAGCUUGUCGAAGGUCUGAAGCGUCUGUCCAAGUCUGACCCAUGUGUCUUGACUUUCAUCUCCGAAUCCGGUGAGCACGUUGUUGCUGGUGCCGGUGAGCUUCACUUGGAAAUUUGCUUGAAGGAUCUUGAGGAGGACCACGCUGGUGUCCCACUUCGCAUUUCCGACCCAGUCGUCCAAUACCGUGAGACUGUCGGCGGUGACUCCAGCAUGACUGCCCUGUCCAAGUCACCUAACAAGCACAACCGUCUCUACAUGAUCGCCACUCCUAUGGCCGAGGAGGUGUCCAAGGACAUUGAAUCGGGCAAGAUCGGGCCACGUGACGAUUUCAAGGCUCGCGCCCGUAUCCUCGCCGACGACCACGGUUGGGAUGUUACUGAUGCCCGUAAGAUUUGGUGUUUCGGUCCAGACACCAAUGGCGCCAACUUGCUUGUCGACCAGACCAAGGCCGUGCAGUACCUCAGUGAAAUCAAGGACUCCGUUGUUUCUGGUUUCCAAUGGGCUACCAAGGAAGGUCCCGUCGCCGAAGAGCCAAUGCGCAAUGUCCGCUUCAACAUCAUGGAUGUCACUCUGCACGCCGAUGCCAUCCACCGUGGUGGUGGUCAGCUCAUUCCAACAGCGCGUCGUGUGCUCUACGCCGCCACCCUUCUCGCCGACCCUGGUCUUCUCGAGCCCGUCUUCUUGGUCGAGAUCCAGGUUCCAGAACAAGCCAUGGGUGGCAUCUACGGUGUGCUCACCCGCAGAAGAGGUCACGUGUUUGAGGAGGCCCAGCGUCCAGGUACACCGCUCUUCAACAUCAAGGCAUACCUCCCCGUCAACGAGUCGUUCGGUUUCAACGCAGAUCUUCGCUCCAACACCUCCGGUCAAGCCUUCCCACAGUCAGUGUUCGACCACUGGCAGAUUCUGCCCGGUGGAUCCGUACUGGACCCCGCCACCAACCCCGGAAAGGUUGUCGAGGACAUGCGAAAGCGCAAGGGUCUCAAGCCUCAAGUGCCAGGUUACGAGAACUACUACGACAAGUUGUAAGCGGCAUAGCCACGCGAUUGCUGUGUGGUUUGGCAUGGAGAAUACCCUGGGGUGGUGGAGGAGAUUAUGUCGAGCAUUUGCGGACCGUCUGUUGCAGCGACAGUUCAUGCAGGACUGCUGUCGAAAUGGCACACCGCUAGAGAAGUGAUGAUACCUGCUUCCAGUGACGAAAUGACAAAAAGGCUCGACGGGAAUUGACAUGACUCUCAUUUGUGUUUUAUGGCAGCUGCUGGUCAUCUAGUACAUAGAUUACCAAAAGCAUUUCACAAGUACAACUCCUUGUCUCCUCUGUAUGCUGGAGAUUUCGUCAGUUGGCCGAAAGUUGUUAGGUGUGAAACAUCGGCCCUUUGACUACCCAAUGCGGCAACCGGGCUUGGCGAACGAACUAGGUAGGCGUCGCGCGUCAGAACUAACUACAGCUUUAAGGUUUGGAAGUGGAAGACGUCUGCUGCGAUGAAUCAGGUGAUGAGACAACAAUGGAGAGCGAGACGG